AUUUAACCUGACCAGAAACGCCGUACCACACCCGUCUGGCCAUCUCAAGUUAAAGUCCACUUGCAUCAUCACCACAGUUUACAAACUCUUUCUCCUUGGACUUCUCGUGAGAGCAAUGGUUCUUGGAGCCUCGUUUGCAGCCGCGGCCUCAGUUCCAUGGAGCCUCCUGCUCGGCGGUCUUCUGGGCCUUGUCCUCCUGUGGCAGUUCGGCCGUCUGCUGGACCAGCUGUGGUGGACGCCUCGACGGCUCGAGAGGGCGCUGCGUGCGCAGGGCCUCCGCGGCACGUCGUACCGCUUUCUCACCGGUGACCUAAAGGAAUACCGCCGGCUGGUCAAGGAGGCCUGGUCUAAGCCCUUGCCGCUGCGGUGUCACGACAUCGCACCCCGUGUCGCGCCGUACGUUUACAACCUCGUCCAGGAGCACGGCAAGGCGGGCUUCUCUUGGUUUGGCCCCACCCCCAAGGUGACCCUAACCGACCCUGAACUGACCAGGGACGUGAUGUCCAACAAAUUCGGCCACUUCGAGAAGCUCAAGUUCGCAGCACUUGCCAAGCUGCUCGGCGACGGCGUAGCGAACCACGAGGGCGAGAAAUGGGUCAAGCAUAGGAGGAUCCUUAACCCCGCGUUCCAUCUUGAGAAGCUCAAGCGUAUGCUGCCAGCGUUUUCUGCAUGCUGCGAAGAGAUGGUCAGCAGAUGGGUGGAGUCCCUCGGCUCCGACGGUUGGUGCGAGCUGGAUGUUUGGCCCGAGCUGCAGACCCUCACCGGAGACGUCAUUUCCCGCACCGCAUUCAGCAGCAGCUACCUUGAAGGAAGAAGGAUUUUCCAGCUACAAGCCGAGCAAACUGAGCGUUUCAUGGCAAACAUUGGGAAGAUUAUUGUCAUUCCCGGUUACCUGUCCUUGCCUACCAAAAGCAACCGAAAGAUGCACCAAGUGAACAAAGAGAUCGAAUCAAUUCUGCGACGUAUAAUUGGGAAAAGAAUUCAAGGUAUGAAGGAAGGCGAGAACCCCAAAGAUGACUUAUUGGGUGUAUUGCUCGAGUCAAACAUGAAAAACACUGAUGGUAAUGGCCAAUCCAGCAUGGGGAUGACAAUUGAAGAUGUUAUUGAGGAGUGCAAGUUAUUCUACUUUGCCGGAAUGGAAACCACAUCAGUACUGCUCACAUGGACAAUGGUCGUACUGAGCAUGCACCCAGAGUGGCAGGACCGUGCAAGGGAGGAGGUGCUAGGAUUGUUUGGCAAAAAUAAGCCCGAGUACGAAGGCCUAAGCCGCCUCAAAAUCGUGACCAUGAUUCUUUAUGAGGUUCUCCGAUUGUACCCGCCGGGCAUUGCUUUCGUCCGGAAAACAUACAAGGAGAUGGAGAUAGGAGGCGUCACGUACCCAGCUGGUGUGAUCAUUGAGCUGCCUGUGUUGUUCAUCCACCAUGACCCGGGUAUUUGGGGAAGCGACGUGCAUGAGUUCAGACCAGACAGGUUCGCAGACGGGAUCUCCAAGGCGUCCAAGGAUCCAGGUGCCUUCCUCCCGUUCGGUUGGGGGCCACGCAUUUGCAUCGGCCAAAACUUCGCACUGCUAGAGGCUAAGAUGGCGUUGUGCAUGAUCGUUCAGAAAUUUGAGUUUGAACUCGCACCAUCGUAUACUCAUGCGCCACAUACUGUGAUAACACUGCAUCCUAUGCAUGGUGCGCAGGUUAAUCUCAGGUCAAUCUGAUUAAAAGAUACUUUUGUCACUACUUUAAUUGCCAUGUCUCCUGUGAUGUAACAAGACUUUAAAUAGAUGAAAUAAAGCUUUACAUGUGUAGUGUUCAAAA